UCUCACGAGCGCUAUUUAGUAUUUUGAAAUAUCUUCAUCAAGUCCCCUAUCAGUUGAAACCAGUCUCUUUUACUCCACUUGAAAAUGAAACUUUUGCCCAUUUGCACUUGGCUUCUAUGCCUUUUGCUUUUUAUCGUGUGCUUGGGAUCUGAAUGUGGGACUCCACGGCGAAUUGUAAGGUCUAAAAGAGACUUGGUACGCAUCAGGGAAGCCAGAAGUACCUUCCCAGGAGCUUGUGCCACACGCUUGCCUCGGGGCAAACGCUCACUUCCCCGGAUAGAUCGGCGCUCCCCUCGCCUGUCACGGGCAGGGGAAAGCACCCAUGCAGGUCGGCGGAGGGCUAUUUACUUUACCGGUAGAGGAGACCAACUACGUCUGAAACCCAAUGCAGAGGUGCCAAGGGGUAAUUUUACCCUGGAAAUGUGGAUAAAACCCGCGGGUGGGCAACGCUCCCCAGCUGUUAUCGGAGGGCUCUAUGAUAAAUGCUUCUACGCAUCCAGUGAUAGAGGAUGGUUGGUUGGCAUCAAAGCAGUCAGUGACCAUGCCAACCGUGACCCUCGCUUUUUCUUCACCCUAAAGACAGACCGAGCCCACAAAGUUACCUCGAUAGCCUCCAACACACCCUACAUUCCCAAUCAGUGGUCACAUCUGGCUGUCACCUACAAUGGCCUCUUUAUGAAACUGUAUGUUAAUGGGGCACAAGUUGCUGUAAGCCGAGACCAAUCUGGUGAAAUUUUCAGCCCACUUACCAAGAAGUGCAAGGUGCUAAUGAUCGGUGGAAAUGCCAUAAACCACAACUACAGGGGAUCAAUGGAACACUUAAGCUUGUGGCAUCGAGCUCUGACCCAACGUGAGAUCAUUAGAUACAUGAGUCAUAGUCACACCCGCUCCGACGAUCUUUCUCAGAUAGUGGUCUAUGAGAACUUUGAGAACAUGUCAAGAAAGUGGCUAACAGUGAAAGAUGGCAGCUUCCCCCGGUUAGAGCAUUCGGACCGGAACCUCGCAGGAGACCUCAGUGGCUCUCUUGAUACUGUACUGAAACCUCCACCUUGCGGACAGACCGUGUGUGACAAUGUGGAGGUAGUGACGAACUACUACCAGCUCUGGAGCUUCCGAAAACCCAAGACUGUGCGUUAUCGAGUGAUAAAUGUUUAUGAUGAUGUAGGACAGUGGCCGACUGUUACCGAACACCAAAUUAACCUUCAGCACCAGCACUUGAACAAUGCUUUCCAUGUCUACAACAUUACCUGGGAGCGCACUAUUCAUAAUGUCUACAACUCAUCCUUGCGUAAUCGCCUAAUAUUGGCCAACUGUGAUAUCAGCAAAGUGGGUGAUGAAGAGUGCGAUCUUGAAUGUAACCACACCCUUACAGGUUUCGAUGCUGGAUACUGUAAGAGACAGACUACACGCUGUCCUGAAUACAAACAGGGGAAUGGAUUUUGUGACCCAGAGUGUAACUGGGACAAUUUCUAUUAUGAUCAUGGAGACUGCUGCAACCCUAACAUCACUGAUGUCACAAAGACUUGCUUUAAUCCUGCAUCACCCCUCAGGGCUUAUAUGGACGUGAAGGAGCUGAAAGAGGUUUUAAAUUUGGAUGGAUCCACACACUUGAACAUAUUCUUUGCUAACUCAUCUGAUGAAGAUCUUGCUGGUGUGGCGACGUGGCCCUGGGAUAAAGAAGCCUUAACACAUUUAGGUGGGAUCGUACUGAACCCUUCAUUUUAUGGUACAUUUGGCCACACUCACACUAUGAUCCAUGAGAUUGGACACAGUCUUGGAUUGUACCAUGUCUUCAGGGGAAUCUCAGAGGUUGAGUCCUGUAAUGAUGCCUGUUUAGAGACUGAGCCUUCCUUAGAGACAGGAGAUCUGUGUGCAGAUACCAACCCCACGCCUAAGUACAAGUACUGCAGAGACCCUGAGCCUGGCAAUGAUACCUGCGGGAGACGGCAUUUCACAAACACUCCCUUCAACAAUUACAUGAGCUAUGCUGAUGAUGACUGCACAGAUUCCUUCACGCUCAACCAGGUGGCCAGGAUGCACUGUUACCUGGAUCUGAUCUAUCAGUCAUGGAGACCUGGCAGUAAACCAGCUCCUGUUCCUCUACCUCCUCGAGUAACAGGGCAAGACCAAGACUCCCUCACACUGGAGUGGUUCCCUGCUCUUACUGGCCACUACUUUGACAGAGAAGUGGGAUCAAUGUGUGACAGAUGUACUGAAGUUGGGGUGCUCCUGCAAUAUGCCACUAACUCCUCCUCGCCCAGACCCUGCGCCCCCUCCGGCCACUGGAGCCCACGUGAGGCAGAAGGUCCACCAGACGUGGAGCAGACCUGUGAACCAAGCGUCUGCACAUGGAGCCCCAAUGCUGGGAUAGACUCAAGUAGUGUUGGCUCAGCAUCUUGCCCACCCCAUGGCUGCAUGCUCCAGCUGGAGUUUGCCUAUCCGCUGGUGCCCAACUCGCUCACUGUUUGGGUCACCUUCUUUUCUUCAGAGGAAACUGGACUGCCUGCAAUCCAUGACAUCCUUCUCCUGACACUGAGUGGUAACAAUAUCUCACUUGGUCCACAGUAUGUGUUCUGUGACACACCAUUAACCCUCAAACUAGACGUGAUGGAAGAGGUGUAUGGGGUGCAAUUCUUCACCAUGGAGCAGCACCUGGAAAUUGAUGCUACAUUGUUGGCCUCAAAGCCAGACUACCCUCUGUGCCAGACAUGCCAUCCUCUACACUAUAGGUUGAUACGCCAGCCACCAUUCACACAUUCACCAAAUGGGCUGAUCCUUCAAGAACCCACUUUGAGAUAUGUGGACAGGGACUUAGAGUCUGAUGAGACUUACACCUACCAUGUGCUGACAGUGUCUAGAACAGCGGAGAGUGAACCAUCUCCUCCUCUCUCUCACCAGCUGGGCUCACCCUACUGUGGGGAUGGACUCAUUCAAAAAUAUCUUGGAGAGCAGUGCGAUGACAUGAACUUUGCUAAUGGAGAUGGCUGCUCAAACCAGUGCAAGAAAGAGCCCUUGUUCAAUUGUGUUGAUGAGCCCAGCUUGUGUUACUUUUACGACGGUGAUGGCGUGUGUGAGGACUUUGAGCGGGAGGCAAGUGUAAGGGACUGCGGUCUUUACACACCAAGUGGUUUCCUGGAUCAAUGGGCCAAUGGGGUGGAGGUGUCCAAUGAGGAGAAGGUACACUGUCCAGCAGAGGUAGCUGCUGGAUACCCUGCAGUGACAAAGAGCUGUCAGUCGAAGGUGUUUGACCUGUCCCAUGGUGUGUCUCAGUACGCUUGGUUUCCUUGUGAGGAGUCGCAACAGCACAGCUGGACUUCACAAUAUUGGCUAAAGGCUUAUUACGCUCAUCCUAUGGUGGCUGCUGCGGUCAUUAUCCAUCUUGCUGCUGACGGAACUGGUGACAUCGACCAGAGGCAGCACAAUAUUACUGUUCAGCUGGAGGACACUAAAGAGCAUACACAUUCUCUUGGGGACUGGAGACUGAGUUGCCGGAACAAUCCACUGGUUAUUCCUGUGAGUCACGACCUGAGCACGUCCUUCUAUCGAACAAAGGCUAUCAUAGUGAGCUUUGGCUCUCCUCUGGUGGCCAUCUCAGGUGUGGGGCUACGCUCCUUCCAAUAUUUUGACCCUAUCACAAUCAGCGGCUGCCAGAGCAAUGAAAUCUAUAAUCCUAUGGGCCAAAGUUGCGUUCACUACUCAUGUGAUGUCAUCGAGUGUCAGAAGCCAAUGGUCAACAAUGCCGAGAUGAAGUGCAGUAGUCCUGGAUACUUCAAUGGAGCACGCUGCACCAUCACCUGUAACCGAGGAUAUAUACUGAAAAUUCAUAGAGAUGAUGACAUCAUCAAAACACAGUCUGAAUCAAUGGUGACCCUCACCUGUGCAGAUGGAAAAUGGAACAAGCAGGUGACCUGUGAACCUGUAGACUGCGGGCGGCCCGACAAGUACCACGUGCACCCGGCUGUCUUUGAGUUCUUUGAGGGCACCACCUAUGGCAAGAAAUGCACUUUCCAGUGCCGGGAGCCAGCUCAGCUUGUGGGCAGUAAUAAUGUACUGACAUGUAUGGAAGAUGGGAUGUGGUCCUUUCCUGAGGCUCUGUGUGAGCUCCGCUGUCCAAUCCCUCCUCCUGUACCCAAUGCAGUCCUGCAGACUAAACGCUGCAAUGCUACAGGCCUUAAAGUUGGUUCCUUCUGCAAGUACAAGUGCAAGCCUGGCUUCCAUGUGCCCUACACAGACAAGUCCAAAAGGCGUGCAUUUAAGAGGCAGUGCACAGAGGAUGGAACCUGGCAGACCGGUGAGUGUGUGGCAGUCACAUGUGAGCCACCUCCUCCCAUUUUCCACGGUAUCUACAAGUGCACAAAUGGCUUUCAGUUCAACAGUGACUGCUGGAUCGACUGCAACAGGGCGAACCACACGAAAUGUUUGUCUUUGAUCCAGGUUCCCUCCACCAAUGUGAUCCGAUGUAGAAAGGACGGGAACUGGACUGGCUCCUUCCGUCUCUGUCCAAACCUGAAAGGCCAGUGUUUCCUCCCACAGAACCUCAGCCCAAAUAUUUAUCUCGGCUGCAAGAAUGGCCACGGCAUAGGAGUGGAGUGUGAGGUGGCUUGUAGAGAUGCUAGCAGCAGUGUGGUCCUUUUGCCCAACAACAUGACUGUUGAAACUGUGAUGAAAGACCACUGGUGGAACCCAGCCAAAGUUAAGAAUAUUGUAUGCACCAUGGGACUAAAGUGGUACCCCAACCCAGAGGCACUUCAUUGCAUCAAGGGAUGUGAGCCCUUCAUGGGUGAUAAUUACUGCGAUGCCAUCAACAACCGUGCGUUCUGUAACUAUGAUGGUGGGGAUUGCUGUCAUUCUACUGUUAAAACUAAAAAGGUGAUUCCAUUCCCUAUGUCAUGUAAUAUUCGAGAAGAGUGUGCAUGUCGAGACCCCGAUGCCCAGGAGAACAACAAAGGAGUCCGCCACCGCUCCAUUGGUUGAGCUUCGUAGCCCUUGUGGCACCCAAGGGGCCUGAUGGGAAACUCUUCCUCUCUACAUGCUGCUUAUAAGAGGGCCUCUCCACUCACACUGCACUCCAACAUGUCAGCCAACAUGCCCUCAUUUCCUCAUCCAACAGCAAAAACAUAUGAGGGUAUGACACUCCAAAACAAACAAACACAUCAACAAUAGAUCUCAAAAAGAAGGAAAGUGGAAGUUAUGGCAGUAGCAACCACUGAAGUUGUCAAGCUAAGGCUCAAAUAAGCCUGGACUGACAGUUUUGUUGUUUUAAUUUUGCAUUAAUUGAUCAUUAUGUGUAAACUGCAACCAUGGAGAUGUUGUUUUUAUGUACAGAUACAGGGUUAACAGAGUGGGAAAGGAAAUAGAAUGCAUCGGUUGAUGUUUAACUGAAGUCAGAGAAUUAAGAAAGGUUCCAAAAUUCCAAAAAGAUUCCAACAACAAACAAAUAUCUUUUGUUUGUUAUCCUUGAUGUUUUCAUGAUAGCCCAAAACUUCUGACCUCUCAGACUGUCUAGAUGACAGUUUAGCCAUUUACUGUGUCUUCUCUUAUCAAGCGUUCUCUGUCGUUAUAUAUAUACCUUAUAUGACCUUAAAAUCAUAACAAUCUGGCUGACGAACUCAGCGCCUGUAUGAAACAUCGAGGGGUGAUGGGAAUGCAUCACAGUGCAUAGGAAGAUGUACGAGUGCAGCAGCUGUGGCCCUAAAUCACAAAAUCCUGUAGAUCAGCAAGACAUGCACAAAAUCUGAAGCCGAAAAUCAUCAGAGGAGGUGUUGGUCCAGUGAAUUUCAACCCCAGCAGAAAGAGAGAGAGAGAGAGAGAGAGAGAGAGUGCGAGAGAGAGAGAGAGAGAGAUGUGAAAGAAGUUGUGUUAGCACAGCUGUGGCUGCUAGUUUGCUACUUUGGCCAUGCAGCCAAAUCUCUCUAUGGACAGUUUGUAGUUUCAUGUAAAACAACGUAUAGUCUGCCAUAGAUUUUACCUCUGGUCAAAAUGCAGUUUAAUUUUACAGGAAAACACCAUCAUAUAAACAGAAACAGCAUCAUACAUGUAGGUCUACAAACAGGUUUCCUUCUGCAAAUUAAAUUUUAGUUUGUUAGGGUGAUCUGGUUUGUAUUUGUAUGUAAAGGGAACACACACACUCACCGACCACUUUAAUAGAUACACCUGUACACCUAAUUAUUCAUCCUAUUAUCUAAUCAGCGUAUCAUGUGGCAGCAUUGCAAUUCAUAAAAUCAUGCAGAUACGGGUCAGGAGCUUGAGUUAAUGUUCACCUCAACCAUGAUAGUGGCAUGAUUGUUGGUGCUAGAUGGGCUGGUUUGAGUAUUUCUAUAACUGCUGAUCUGCAGGGAUUUUAAUACACAACAGUCUCUAGAGUUUACUCAGUAUGGUGCCUGUGAUGAGGAGGAGGGCCUGACCAGGUGUGUCAGGACUGUAACAGUUAAAGGACAGGCAAGGAGGAGGCGGGAACCAGCUAAACAUUCAACAUAAAGUUUAAUAUCAAACUCAACAUUAAACAAACAAAAAAAUAACACACACACAUGCAAUGUGGGCCGCAAGUCUUUGUCUCUCUCUCUCUCUCUCUCUCUCUCUCUCUCUCUCUCUCUCUAGAACUGUAAUCUGAUUCCCGGCCACAACCUUGCCACAGUGCCAAAUGGUCUGUGGUCAAAAACGCCUUGUUGAUGAGAGAGGUCAACGGAGAAUGGC